CACACGCACACCUCGUUCGUGCCAAACCCUAAUCUCGCACACACUACACGUUCGAGUCUCUACACACGCGUGAAACCCUAGGCCUCACACGCACGGGCGCACUUCCUAUCUUACUGGUCGCCGCGCUUUUCGUAUCCGCCGGAGAAGCCUCAAAUUUCGCUUCUCCGCAUAUCGUUUGUUCUUUUACCGCGGCUCAGACGACUCGCCGUGGAACGAAGCCGGAGAUUCUUUCUGGUGGCGGAAAUAUUUUGGAAUUUUCGGUAAGAAUAUCGGUGGUACUGUUAGAGUACCGGGGGAGGGAAAAUAGGUUUCUGGUUGAAGAGUAUCUAUAUGUGAGAUUUGGUUGGUGAGAAGGUGAAUUCGUGGAUUAUGGAAAGUUGGUGGCCAUUAAGACUAUGUUCAUCCCUGUUAAUUGAAGGCUUUGCUUGAGAGUUAAGCGAGUAAUCGUGUUUAAGGGAACUCUUUAGUCAACCAGGCAUUGUAUUUCAGAUCAUAUUGCGGCAUUAUAUUGAAAAUCUUGACCAUACAUACAUGUUGAACAAAAAUUAAGCUGUAAUAAUGGCAUUUUGGGUAGAACUCAUUACAUCAGAAGUAGCUGGGUAGCUGGGGUUAGAAGUUGGGAAGAAAGGAGAGAACGAUGGCAACCGAUAUGCAAAAUUUAAUAGGAACAAGUGAGGAUGAUGAUGAGGAAGAAUUAGAGAUGGAUGUGAAGGAAGAGGAUGAAGAAGAUGAAGAAAAUGGAGGGAAGCGCAUUCACAGGCAAGUGAUGGUGGGGGUUGACGUAGGUAUAGCUGCAAGUAGUAGUAAUAAUAAUCAGCUUCCACACCACCAGCAAAUUCAGGAUCAAGUGGGCACCCCUGGAGGGGGAGGAGUACGGAGGUGUAGACCCUUGGAAGAGAAGGAGAGGACAAAGCUGAGGGAGCGGCAUCGGAGGGCAAUCACUGCAAGGAUCUUGGCUGGUCUACGGAGGCAUGGGAACUAUAACCUUAGGGUCAGGGCUGAUAUUAAUGAUGUGAUUGCAGCUUUGGCAAGGGAAGCUGGCUGGGUUGUUCUUCCUGAUGGAACCACCUUUCCUUCAAGGUCUCAGGGAUCAAGGUCUGCUGCUGGCACUUCUGCAAUGGUAAAUCCAUCUUCUCAUGUUGUGUCACAACAGACACAAACUACUUCUCAGAAAGGAAUCUCUCCUGGCUAUCGGAGCUCAUUGGAGUAUAACACAUGUCGCAUGAAAGGUGUUUUCAUGCCCACGCCCUCACCUUAUGAUUUAUCCCCUAGUGCCCGUUCCCAAACUUCAGCUCUGGUGGGAGAUGGAGGAGAACAAACUGAGAUUCAUUCUCUUAUUGGUGGUUCCAUGGAUACUGUUAAUGACAAGCAGAUUGUUGAUUUACCUCCAAAGUUACCAGAGCGUGAUUUUGCUGGCACACCAUAUGUUCCAGUUUAUGUGAUGCUGCCUUUGGGUGUUAUCAACAUGAAGUGCGAACUGGUUGAUGCAGAUGGUCUACUGAAGCAGCUGAGGGUAUUGAAAUCAAUAAAUAUCGAUGGGGUUAUGGUUGAUUGCUGGUGGGGAAUAGUUGAGGCUCAUGCUCCUCAAGAUUAUAACUGGAAUGGUUACAAGAAGCUCUUUCAAAUGGUUUCCGAGCUUAAGCUUAAGUUACAGGUUGUGAUGUCAUUUCAUGAGUGUGGAGGCAAUGUUGGUGAUGAUGUUUGUAUUCCUCUACCGCAUUGGGUAGCAGAAAUUGGUCGAAGUAAUCCUGACAUAUUUUUCACUGAUAGAGAGGGAAGACGAAACCCUGAGUGUCUCUCAUGGGGGAUUGACAAGGAACGGGUUUUAAGAGGCCGGACUGCUGUGGAGGUGUACUUUGACUACAUGAGAAGCUUCCGUAAGGAAUUUGAUGAAUUCUUUCAGGAUGGUAUCAUCGCCAUGGUUGAAGUCGGACUAGGUCCUUGUGGCGAACUGCGGUACCCUUCUUGUCCUGUAAAGCAUGGUUGGAGAUAUCCUGGCAUUGGGGAAUUCCAGUGUUAUGAUCAUUAUUUGCUAAAAAGCCUGAGGAAGGCAGCAGAAGCUAGAGGACAGUCCUUCUGGGAUAGGGGACCAGAUAAUGCCGGUUCUUAUAAUUCACAGCCACAUGAAACAGGCUUCUUCUGUGAUGGAGGUGACUAUAAUGGAUACUAUGGAAGGUUUUUCCUUGAUUGGUACUCCCAUGCUUUAGUCGAUCAUGGUGAUCGGGUGCUUUCUCUAGCAAAGUUGGCUUUUGACGGCACCUGCAUUGCAGCAAAGCUAUCAGGUAUUCACUGGUGGUACAAGACAGCCAGUCAUGCUGCGGAACUAACUGCUGGGUUCUAUAAUCCAUGUAAUCGUGACGGCUAUGCUGCAAUUGCAGCAAUGCUAAAGAAGCAUGGAGCUGUUUUAAACUUCACUUCUGCUGAACAGCAUGUGUUAGACAGGCAUGAGGGCUUCCCAGAGGCAUUUUCAGAUUCUGAAGGGUUAGCUUGGCAAAUGCUGAAUGCAGCAUGGGAUGCUUGCGUACCUAUUGCUAGUGAGAACCCACUUCCUUGCCAUGAUAGACUAAGCUAUAACAAGAUUCUGGAUGAUGCCAAGCCAUUCGGUGAUCCAGAUGGAAAACACUUCUUUUCUUUUACCUACCUCAGGCUUGGCCCACCUCUUAUGGAGAGAGAAAACUUCUUGGAAUUUGAACGCUUUUUGAAAAGGAUGCAUGGGGAAGCAGUUGUCGAUCCGCAGGUGUAGCUGGGCAUGAAGAUUUUCCCAACAGAUUUUGUAUCAUUUGUUUUCCCCAAAGAAAGAAUUGGGGCUACAGUGUUGCAGUUUAGAGAAUAUCAAUAUUGUUAAUUUGAUUUUAGAAAUACAAUAUAAUUAUAUAUGUAAUCAGAAGAGAAGCCGAGCUUGCACGUGGACUUAGGUUUUGUUGUAAACUAGUGAAAAAACUAGUUGUGUAGGUGUAGUUGUGAGAUCAGUGUCACCACUGCAACAGGUUUGUAUGCUUUCACAUUCACUUCCCGUAAAUGUUUAUAUUUGAUUACAAAAUUUCGGACCUGGAAUUUCAGUGGGAAUG